CCAACAGAGCUGGCAAGAGUUUUAACUAGUGUUUCCUUCCCAAAACUCGGAGUGGGAGAGAGCCACAACACAAUGCCCUCAGCUCCAAUUCUCCUAUCCCUCUUCUUCAUUUUCCUCUCUGCAUAUUCCCAUUUCUUCCUCCACCCAGCUCUCGCCGAUGGCGUCACUCCCGAGGAGGCCAAGCAGCUCAGGGACGAGGUCAGGGAAAUGUUUUAUCAUGCAUUUAAUGGUUACAUGGACCAUGCUUUCCCACUUGAUGAAUUAAGGCCUCAUUCUUGUGGGGGUGAAGAUAGCCUUGGUGGAUAUGCCCUAACUUUGAUUGACGCUUUAGACACACUAGCUUUACUUGGUGAUCGGGACCGCUUUGCUGCCUCUGUUGAAUGGAUUGGUAAAAACCUUCAGUUUAAUAUAAAUAAGACAGUAUCUGUUUUUGAGACUACCAUCCGGGUCCUCGGGGGUUUGCUCUCCGCACAUCUUAUAGCAAGCGAUUAUGCUACGGGCAUGAGAAUUCCAACAUAUGACAACCAGUUGCUGAACUUAGCUGAGGAUCUAGGUCGACGAUUGUUACCUGCAUUCGACACUCCUUCAGGAAUUCCUUUUGGAUCUGUCAAUCUAAUGUAUGGAGUUGAUGAACAUGAAAGCAGGAUUACAUCAACAGCUGGUGGUGGGACUUUGAGUUUGGAAUUUGGAGUGCUCAGCCGAUUGACAAAUGAUCCCAUAUUUGAACAAGUUACCAAGAACGCAGUGCGUGGACUUUGGGCUCGCCGUUCAAAGCUCAAUUUAGUUGGUGCCCAUAUUAAUGUUUUUACAGGUGAAUGGACACAGAAGGAUGCUGGAAUAGGAACUAGUAUUGAUUCUUUCUAUGAGUAUCUUCUAAAGGCCUAUCUGUUAUUUGGAGAUGAAGAAUAUCUGUACAUAUUUCAAGAAGCUUAUGCCGCUGCUAUGCGCUGUCUUUAUAAUGAUCCUUGGUAUGUAGAGGUAAAUAUGGAUUCUGCUGCUGUUGUGUGGCCAUUGUUUAACAGUUUGCAAGCAUUCUGGCCAGGACUUCAGGUUUUAGCUGGAGAUAUUGAUCCUGCAAUUCGAACUCAUACUGCCUUCUUUAGUGUAUGGAAAAGAUAUGGUUUCACUCCAGAAGGUUUCAAUCUUGCUACAUUCAGUGUUCAGCAUGGACAAAGAAGUUAUCCGCUGCGUCCAGAGUUAAUGGAGAGCACAUAUUGGCUCUAUAAAGCUACUAGAGAUCCCAAGUAUCUUGAUGCAGGACGUGAAAUGGUUGCCAGCUUGCAGUACAGUGCACGGUGCCCCUGUGGAUAUUGUCAUAUCUCAGAUGUAGAGUUCCAUAAGCAGGAAGAUCAUAUGGAGAGUUUCUUUCUAGCCGAAACAGUUAAAUAUUUGUGGCUACUCUUUGAUUUGGCUGUGGGACCUGAUAACCUUGUUGAUAAUGGACCAUACAAGUACAUCUUUAGUACUGAAGGCCACCUAUUGCCCGCAACCCCUGAAAUAUCUCUAGUGCAGGAACAUUGCUCAUAUUUUGGGGCUUAUUGUAAUACUAGCAACAUUAGACAGGAUGCAUCAGAUGUUGCAACUAAUCCUCUAGAUAACUUACAUGGAAGGGUUGGCACUGCAUUACCAUCUAACUCCCGUUUUUCUGAUUCAACUCCUAUAUCAGGAUUAAUAAAAGGGGUUUGCCCAGGACUUACUCAUGGGCAAAAGUUUGGUAUAUCAUAUGUGUUACCAAGCCACAGAGCUCAUGAGGAUGUCUCCAGGAACCAAGGAGAGCAAACUAAUGCUGAGAGCCAUUCAAUGGUGGUAGUGCAAAGCCAAAAUUCUGAUUACUCACCGUCACAAAAUAAGAAUUACCAUGAAAAGUUGGUGGAAUCGAGUGAGGGAGAAUGAGCAAAUGAUCCACCUAAGAAAUGAUGAUUACCCUUGCCCGUGCAUCUAUUUUCUUCUGCUAGAAAAGUUCAUUGACAAAAAGAUGAUUCUAGAAAGGGUCUAGUCCAGCAUGUCAAACUAAUUCGGGCUGUAUUAUCAGGUGAAACUAGAAGCUUGGAACUGCGAGAUUCUCAGCUUCAGACUUGUAAAUUAUGCGGCAAUUGUUACGGAAUUAAAAUUUAGCUUUAGGGUGGAAAUAUAAACUGGAAGAAUGAGGCUUUGCCAGAGAUGCCUUGCUGGUUAUACUUCCCCGCAAGACCUGAACAGCGUCAUCUGUUGGGCUCAAUGUAAGUUUGGCAUAGUUAGCAUAAUUAUGUACACCAUUUUUUUCUUUCAUAGGUCUCAAAAGUUUCAUUACAGAUGGAUAGGUACUCGAAUAGUGAACUAUUCUUGUAGAUUACAGUCCAAGUUAAUCAUUAUCUUAGAAGGUGUUAUACAUCUUUACUUCUUGAAGACCCUGAACUCUAGGGAUAGUUUACUUUCACACAAUUGUAUUCAAAAUACAAUAAAAGGGCUGAAUUUAGCUGAU